AUGUAACCUAAAUCACUAUUCAUUGGAAAUUCAUUAGGUGAUGAUUUUGAUGAUGGAAUGAUAGAUAAAAUAAGUAGAGUGAAAAUUCAAUACAAUAAAUAAAAUAUUGUUGCUAUUGGAUUAUUUUAUGAAUCAAGAUAAAUCUAUAAAUAUCAUAAUUUUUGUGGUAAUGCUGUUAGUAAAUUUUAUUUCUAUGUAUGGGAAGAAGAAUUCUUGAUAGAAAAAGAUGAUUGUAAGAAUAUUAUAUAUUUAGAUCUUUAGUAAAUAAGUGGCACUUUUGACGGAACUUAUAUCACCUCAUUAUAACUUAUAACAUAUAAUGCUUCAACUGCUAACUAUAAAGCAUCUUGUGAAGGAAUAAAAUUUGUAAUAGAAAAUUAUGGUAUUUUAUAAAAUAAACAAAGGUGAUACAUUUUCUAGUUGUAAUGGUUCAUUUAAUUAAAAUGGUUUAACAUCUUUAGGCUUUAAGCUCAUUCCAUUAAAUUAUAAUGAUUUUGAAAGAAUCAAUAAUAAAAUUCAUUAUUUGUCUUAUGGUCAUCAUUAUCCUUAAAUAUACAUUCCUCAAUAUUCAUAAUAUCUAAACUAUCCUUCAAAUUGA